UAUUGUAAAUUGCAGCGUUGCCCCUGGCAACAACAUGGCGUGCGGGUGGAAUCCAUAACAAACCCGCCGUCCCUUUGUACCGGUGCAUGUUCCUGGAUGAUUUGCGGUUGCUGCUCUCUUCUGCGUUUGCCGAGUUGUCGGAUUCACCAUGCCAGUGAACAUUCAGCAGAAGAAGAGGGUUGAAGACCGAUACAAUCCCAACACAUACAGGAUCUUCAAUGACACCAUCCCAGAUGCCAGCCUACCCCCCCUGGCCAAGCCACCCCCUCCGGCCAAGCCGACAGGCAGGGAGACGCCCCCCCUGCCCAUCAAGAAAGACGGGGAGACCCGGGGGAACAUGCCCCACCCCCUGGACGUGGGAUUCCUUAGGAAGGACCCUCGACUCAUCAACGAACCGAUCUGCCACGUCAGCACGUGGGACACGGCACACAUACAGCACCAGUGGUGGCCGGAUAAGGUACCAGAUGACACCAGGAAACAGCCGAACUUCGACCCCUCCACGACCCAGAGGGCGGACUACCUGCUGAAGGACGGGACCCCGCCUGGACAGACCAGACACGCCAGCAACCCUAACAUUUCCCCAGCACAUGGCAUAGCUCCCGUGACGUUUCUGCGCCCGCGGAGCGCGGAGGGGCCGCGGGUCCUGCUGGAACAGAUCUCGUACCAACACCAGUACAACAGCAGGCUGGACCCCAACCAACCAAUCAGGGCCAAGCGCCAUGGCAGUUUUGUGUGGAGCAACUUGAAACCGUCCGUCCCGUCCGAGGUCACGUCAGAGGCCAGCUCGUCCCACGCCUCAUCGCAGGAGGGUUCGCGCCGGUCGUCCGCCGCCCUGGAGGGGCCCAGAGAAGCCCUGGUGCCCGCGGAGGAGCCUGAGGGGAGACUAGAGGACACCUGGCACCCGCAGACGCCUGGUGACCAGACUACAGAAUCUCCUGCACCACAGGAGCCUAACGCAUCCGUCCUUCCUGCACCCAAACCGAAAGCUCUGACACCGAAAGCCUCCAAACCGACGUCCAUCAUCCACUCCCCAGAGGCGAAACCUCAGGCAGGGAACGGGCGCUCCCCGGCGGGAUCCAAGCCAGGUUCCGCCGGCGGGUUCUCCACGGGCUCGAAGCCUCUGUCGGCAGGCUCGCAGCAUCCGUCCAGAGCGCCGUCAGCAAAGUCGCUCCAGUCCGCCCUAGCGGCCGGGAUGCCGCAGCUGACCAGGGCUCCAUCGGGGUCACAGGUCGUGUCGGGGUCACAGGUCGUGUCCGCCCCUACAUCCAGGCGGUCGAGCGCCGGGUCCCUGAGGCCGCCGUCCGACCAGCUGGGCACGCCGGUCAGACUUCCGCCGGGCAAAUCCAUCCAGGACCUGCAGGGGCCGCUCAAGCUGCAGGUGCCGUCGGGAACCACAGGUGAGCCGCAGGUGCCCGCACCUGUGACGUGUGCGUCACCUGGUGGAGCCACGUCGCACGGAGGCAGCCCCACUUCCAAGAGGAACAUGACGCCCGUUGCCACGGAGGUGUUUGCGCCGGCGGAUUUGUACCGUCCGAUGAACUCCCGUCCCGAGAGCAUGAAGUCGUCGCGGAGCAGUGGUCGGGGUUCGCGGAGAGCACGUGCUUCUCCUGGGUCCGUCCACGCGCAACCGAUGUCCGACACACUGCCACCUGUCGGCUGAACGAUGAACUGCAGAGGGUUUUGGAAAGUAAUCUUUGAAUGGGAGAAUGGGACUGAAAUAUGUACAUGUCAUCUAACAUGAGGCUGGUCACUUUUAUUUGGAAAGGCACAAAAGUCUAAACUGCUCCAUUUUGGGAGGCCUACAUUUUUUACCUGUAUCUGGAUAUAACA